AUGGCGCGUCUCUUCCUCGAUCAGGAGCCGCUCACGCAGUACAAAGACCGAUCGUUCCAGGGUAGCAUGGACGAGUACCUCGAGAAGCUUCGCACGUCCACGACGCUGUACGUCGGGAACGUCUCGUUCUUCACCACCGAGGAGCAGAUCUGGGAGCUCUUCGCUAAAGUCGGCGUGCUUCGGAUGAUCGUGAUGGGCCUGGACAAGAACGCGAAGACGCCGUGCGGGUUUUCUUUCGUGGAGUACCACAACAGGAAGGACGCGGAGAAGGCGGUGAAGUACCUCAACGGCACGAAGCUCGACGACCGCGAGAUUCGGAUCGACUUCGACUGGGGAUUCGUCGAGGGGCGGCAAUUCGGCCGCGGGAAGAGCGGCGGUCAGGUGCGAGACGAAUUCCGGACGGACUACGACGCCGGCAGAGGGGGGUACGGGAAGUUGAUC